AUGCUCAACGAUUACAAACCCACCCGGGAUCCCAAUUUGGACACAUUUAAAGUCCAAUACCUUCUAGGGAUCAGUGCUAUCUUGGCCGUCCUAUUCCCACAUGAUUACAGCAUUUCGGAGAUACUCUGGACCUUUUCCAUAUGGCUUGAAUCCGUCGCUAUCCUUCCACAGCUUUUUAUGCUCCAGCGCACCGGAGAAGCAGACACUAUCACCACACAUUACCUCUUUGCCCUGGGACUCUACCGCGCCCUCUAUAUACCUAAUUGGGUUUAUCGUUACUUCGCAGAGAACCGCUUCCAGCCGAUACCCGUCGUGGCAGGUAUAGUCCAGACGCUCCUGUAUUCGGACUUUUUCUACAUCUAUUACACGAAGGUAAUGAAAGGGAAAAAGUUCUCCCUCCCGGUCUAA